UGUUGUACCCGAGAGUUAAUAUUAUCGAAAAAUCUCGCAAGCCACGUGACGAGACUUGCAGCUUACUCGUCAUAUUACAGGUUCAUUUAUCCGCAUCAUAGAUGUCUAUUUCCUGAAACUUUUGAGUGCUGUCGGUCUUUCAGACAAUUUAUUUUUUUUGACAGAUUUUCGUUUGAUACGAAAAGUAACUGAGAGACACGAUUCAAAGGAACUACCCAAGAUGGCAGAUUGUAGUGAUCAGGUUUCAGAGAAGGAGCUGAUAUCAAUGAAGGGCUUUGAACAAAGUUUGCCUAAGCAGCCGACAGCCCCAUUUCAGUCUGAUCCAGGUAGUCCUCCGUCCUACGAGGAAGCAGUUCAAGGACAAGACAAGCCUUCUCCUCUUAAUUAUGGUGGGGUGUACCCUCCUAUGCCCCCUUCGCAACAGGGUUUGGGCUCUGAUAACACAUCUUCCCAUGGUCAACAUUUCAGUGGACCUCACAAAGAUCUGUCUAAGGGUCGUGAGACUAAUGAUCACCCCUUUCAACAGAGUAAUGUAAAACAAAGUGAGGGACCAGCCGUCUUACAAAAUUUUCAAAAAGCUUCAAGCAAACCUCCAAAAAAGCUAAAAUUUCUGUUAGACAUCUGUCCUAGACGCAUGGAUGAACCCGAACACGUUAAGAUAUCAGGAAUUACUUUUCUAGCGAACGGGAAUAUUGUAAUUACUGAUAAGGCAAACCUUAUACUGAAGAUUUAUGAUGACAAGAAAAUUCUGCUUUGGCAAAGAAAACUUGAUUCCGAACCCUGUGACGUCACACAAGAUCCAACAGGCGAAAUUGCUGUUGCAUCCCCAGAUGAGCACAGAGUUAGCUUUUUUAAGUCACAUAACCUUUCCCCUGUUCUAAACAAGGUGGUUACAAAUCCAAACUCAAAAUGUUUUGGUUUAACUGCAACUGAUGAGUACCUUUUUGUCAUAUGGCAAGAAAGUAAUGGCUCUGAAAGCAUUCGUAUUUAUAAUGACCAAUACUCUGAAAUUAAAAAAUUAAGCGUGGCCGCCGAACGCUUUCUGGCCGUAGAUCCAGCAACUCAGGAUCUUUUUUACAGAGUUUUGAAUUUUGGCAAUGACCAAAUCAAGUGUACCUAUGCCUUCAGCGACGGCAAAACAAAAUGGAAAAUUAAAAUUCAAGAUCCAUUAUUAGAAGGGAUGGCACUUUUAAAAUCCGGAAUUCUUGUAACAUCUUCCUCUGGAUUAAGUUUUCUAGAUUUUAGGGAUCAUACUUUUAGGUCACUUUUGAGUCCAAAACAUGUAAGCGUCCUCUCUGUCAAUAGAGACCGGUCCAAGAUUGCCAUGGUGAUUAAUGAAGGUUAUUUAACUGAUGAUAAGAAUGAUGUGGUACGAUUGUUUGAUAUUAUUUACUGAGAACUUGAUUGGAUAAAUGGGCAAAAUUGUUCAAUAUUCCUGCAUUUUACAUUGUAAACCUCAAAUGAUAAAUUUCUCGUGUUUCUUCAUAUCUAUGAUAUCCAUGCACUAUUUUGUUCAUCUGUAUUGUUUUGUAAUUAGAAUAUGUAUAUAAAUUUUUACUGUGUGACUAGCAUAAAUUAUGACAAUUGUCUGGUAGUACUUAACAUGUAUGCCUUCGAUAUCAUUGAGUUGUAUUUAUUUCAAGAAACAUACUGCAAGAAGAAUUUUUGGUUGAACAAUACAUUAAUAGCAAUAUACGAGGGUUGUCCCGUAAAAUCGUGGACAAGUUGUCUAGUUUGAAAAAUAAUCAUCACUGCGUUCUGAAAUUUUCACCACUUUUUAGUAGAUAAAUUAUGAAUAUACAUAGC